AUGACAACAGAAGAAAUUCAAUACCUCAACGAACUUAGCUUGGAGAAGCUGUUGCAAUUGAAAAACUCUUUAAAAGACACCACGACAGAAUACGAAAAUGUCACCGCAUCUACUCCAUAUGAAAGUUUUGGUGCACAAGCAAUGGCUAUAAAGGCCCCGCCAAAUAGAAAAAUGGAUUACGAAGAAGCAUUGUUCAAGAAGGAUGGGAAGAGUAAAAUUAGUAAUAUCUUCACUAUGUCGGUAACAACCCUCGCCUUCCUCGCAUUUGGAGGUUAUCUGUUGUGUUUAAUAGUGCAAGCAGUUAAAUCAAAACACAAUACAAUAGUGACGACUCCGGCGCCGACAUUUUUUGUGAACGCUGGAAUUAAGAGACCUCAAACAACGUUUCCAUCAUACGGACGUCUGAACAGAGAAAGAAGAGAUGUAAAUGAUAUCGGUUUUCCUCCAGAGGUGCUAUUCACAGCACUUGUACAGCUAUGCGAAGGCUAUGCAAAAUGGAGUACAAAUAAUAAUACAUCAUUUAAUUAA